AGGAGGGGGUCAACCAGAGACCACGAGUCCACUAGCAAACCCUCCAUCCCUCCAAAGUGGAACGAGCCCAUAUUUCACGUCCGAAAGAAGACAGUCUUAAGAAAACCACAAGAUGGAAGUUGAAGAGGACGAGUUCAACACUUCCGCGAACGCAUCCCAGAUAUGGAACAGCAACGUGGGGCAACUGAACACCAUCAGAGUCACCAUGUCGGUGGUUCUCUACGUCAUCUGUGUGGUCGGUCUCCUUGGGAACACUUUGGUCAUGUAUGUCUUGGUUCGGUACUCGAAGCUCCGCAACACGGCGGAUGUCUUCAUCUUCAACAUGGCGCUGGCGGACGAGGUGUUCCUGCUUGGCGUGCCGUUCUUCGCGCACCAGUUCGUGGCUGACGAGUGGCCGUUCGGGGCGGUCAUGUGCAAGCUCAUCUACGCCCUGGACGCCAACAACCAGUUCGCCAGCGUCUACAUCCUGGCCUGCAUGAGUAUCGACCGGUACCUGGCCAUCGGGCACCCCAUCCGCUCGCUGGGCAUCCGCACCAGGAAAGUCGCCGCCAUCACGAAUGUCGGGAUCUGGCUGGCGUCCCUGGUCUCCAUCGCGCCCUUCUGGGUCUUCUCUAGCCUGGAGAUUUACCCUGACGGCAGCCAGAUUUGCGAACUACAAUUUCCGAAGGGUUCCAAAGACCUGUACUGGUUCACUGUGUAUCACUUUACCCUGGCCUUUGUCCUGCCCCUGACUGUCAUCACCGUGUGCUACCUGAUGGUGCUCCACAAGCUCGCCACUGUUGUCGUGCCAUCCGAGUCCAACGCUGAGAAACGAACGAAGAAGGUUGCCAAGAUGGUGCUCCUGGUUGUUGUGAUGUUUGUGGUCUGCUGGCUGCCGUUCUACGUCGUGGCGCUCAUCAACAUCACCAAUGAUGUCCGUCCGACCUACGCCUUCCUGGUGGCCUACUUCUUCAGCAUCGGUCUCGGCUACGCCAACAGCUGCGUCAACCCCAUCAUCUACGUGCUGUUCAGCUCAAAGUUCCGGAAGCGCACCCUGGAGGCGCUGUCGUGCCGGGGCAGCUGCUGCGGCACACAGGUCCACCCCAUCGAUGACGUCAACGCCGUGGCGGCUGGCGCCAACGGGCCCGGCAUCAACGACAACAACUACAACAGGACGGGGUUACGCACCGGGCGGACCCCGAUCUCUCAGCCGGCACAGGAGAUGAAGAACCUGCCUGGGCAGAUGUAGAAGCCUCAACAGUUGGUCAAUCAGUCUGAGCGGCUACCGCUAGUACAGGACCAUUAGCAUUUUAGUACCGAGGGGAUAUUCUGACAUCAAAAUUGAAUGUGGAUGGCCGUAUGACUGUG